AUGGAGAAGAAGUUAAGGAUAAAGAAGAAAGUAUGGAUGGGGAAGAAGUUUGGGAUGGAGAAGAAGUUUGGAAUGGAGAAGAAUCUACUAAUUAAGGAAGCAGAAGAAGUUAAGGAGGAUGGAGAACAAGUUAGGGAAGGAGAAGAAGAAGUUAAGGAUGGAGAAGUAGUUUGGGAUGGGGAAGAAGUGAAGGAAGGAGAAGAAGUUAAGGAAGAAGAAGAAGAAGAAGUUUUGGAUGGAGAAGAAGUUAAGGGUAAAGAAGAAAAUGGAUGGGGAAGAAGUUUGGGAUGGAGAAGAAGUUAA